AUGCUGGACCUCCACCGGAACAACCUCACGGGGCACAUCCCUCCGUCGCUGGCGGAGCUGCGCUCCAUGCAGGUCCUGUCUCUGUGCUACAACGACCUGUCCGGCGAGAUCCCGGCCGCGCUGGGCAACCUCACCGGCCUCCAGGAGCUCUACCUCCAUUACAACCGCCUCUCGGGAGCCAUCCCUCCGUCUCUCGGGCAGCCGCGCAACAUGUCGUACUUCAACGUGGAGUACAACCAGUUAAUCGGGGCGAUGCCCGCCUCCAUUUGGAACCUCUCUUCUCUCGUCGUCUUCUCCGUCAUGUACAACAUGCUAAGCGGCGCCAUGCCCCCCGGCGCGUUCGCCGCCAUGCCCCGCCUCCACCAGAUACUCAUCAACAACAACCAGCUCCAUGGCCCUUUCCCGGUGUCCAUAGCAAAUGCUUCCAACAUUUCGCUGGUUCAGCUCGACGGCAACCUUUUCACCGGCAUCGUUCCCAGCGACAUCGGCAGGCUAGGGAAUCUCAAUUUUCUGCUUAUCCAGAACAAUCUGUUUGAAGCUAAUGAGCCAAGAGAUUGGGAGUUCAUAACCCAUCUGGCAAAUUGCUCCCAGUUACAAGAGCUAGGAUUGGCUGGUAAUAAGUUUGGAGGUGUUCUUCCUGCUGGCUCACUCUCCAACCUAUCCACUUCACUCUAUGACCUCGAACUUGGGGCCAACAAGAUCACAGGAAGCAUUCCAGAGGAUAUUAGUAACCUCGUAAACUUACGCAAUCUCGACAUGUCCCACAACUUCUUCACCGGAAGUCUCCCCUCUUCCUUGGGAAGGCUUCAAAAUUUGGCCCGUCUCUAUGUCAUUGGAAACAAUUUGACCGGGCCGGUCCCGUCGACCAUAGGAAAUCUUACCGGACUAUCUGAUCUGCGGCUCGACAUGAACGCGUUCAGUGGUAGAAUACCAAGCACACUCGGAAACCUGGCAAAGCUGUAUUCACUAGGUCUUUCAGCAAAUAGCUUCACUGGUCCAAUACCCAGCACAUUAUUCAGCAUCCAAACACUCUCCAUAGUACUUGAUGUGUCACACAAUGAUCUAGAGGGACCGAUACCACAAGAAAUCGGGAAUCUGAAAAAUCUCGCGGAACUGCAUUUAGAAUCAAACAGAUUAUCUGGUGAAAUUCCAGCCACCAUUGGUGAAUGUCGACUUCUACAGAUUCUGUACCUGCAAAGCAAUUCCUUGAGCGGUAGCAUCCCAUCAACCCUGAAUCAACUGAUGGGUCUUGAAACCCUUGACAUGUCAAGCAACAACUUGUCAGGCCAGAUACCCAAGUUCCUUGGCAAUAUCAGCAUGCUCCAGUAUCUGAACCUGUCCCUUAACCGGUUUGUCGGAGACGUGCCGACUUUUGGUGUCUUCGCAAGUGCUACCGCAAUCUCAAUCCAAGGCAGCGUUGAACUUUGUGGUGGUAUACCUACUCUGCAUCUGCCUCCUUGUUCUUCUCAACUACCAAAGAGGAAGCAUAAACAUUUUGUGGUUCCUAUUGUUCUCUCUCUCAUUGCAACGCUUGUCGUGCUUGCAACGCUCUACAAGCUUGGCGUUUGGCACAAGAAAAACAGAACAAAACCCCCUUCAUCCACAUCCAUGCAGAGCCACCCAAUGAUAUCUUAUUCGCAGCUGGUAAAAGCAACGGAUGGUUUUUCGACAACCAACUUGUUGGGUUCUGGAUCAUUUGGGGUCGUGUACAAGGGAGGGUUAGAUGGCCAAGAGGGUGAAAGAGAAAAUAUUGUUGCUGUGAAGGUAUUGAAGCUUCAAACUCCCAGGGCACUCAGGAGUUUCGCCGCCGAAUGCGAAGCGCUAAGAAACAUGCGGCACCGGAAUCUUGUCAAGAUAGUUACGGUCUGCUCGAGCAUCGAUACUAGAGGGUGCGAUUUCAAAGCGAUUGUGUAUGAGUUCAUGCCCAAUGGCACCCUAGAUGGGUGGCUACAUCUUGAGACAAGUGAGCAAACAGAGCGGGAGCAGCUGGAUCUGUGCCUUAGAGUGACCAUACUGCUUGAUGUGGCUUGUGCGCUGGACUAUCUUCACUGCCAUGGCCCCGCACCUGUUGUACACUGUGAUGUUAAGUCAAGUAAUGUGCUCCUGGAUGCUGAUAUGGUGGCCCAUGUGGGAGACUUUGGGCUUGCAAGGAUUCUUGUUGAGGGAAACUCAUCUCUCCAGCAGUCAACGAGCUCGAUGGGACUUGCUGGAACAAUUGGUUAUGCAGCCCCAGAAUAUGGGGCUGGAAACAUGGUGUCAACAAACGGAGACAUUUACAGUUACGGGAUUCUUGUUCUAGAAACUGUAACUGGGAAGAGGCCCACAGACACUAUAUUCAGACAAGGGCUGAGGCUCCGUGAAUACGUUGAGAAAGCUCUGGGUCAUAGCAUGAUGGAUGUUAUCGACAAGCGGCUCGAAGAUGAGCUCCGGACCGCGGAUGAUUUUUCAAGGAAGAAAAAGAUGGACUGUCUGACAUCGCUGCUCAGGCUGGGAAUGUGGUGCUGUGAUGAAACACCGUCCAGCAGAAUGCUAACUGGAGACAUCGUCAGGCAAUUGGAGGCCAUCAAAGAAUCCUUUUCACAGACAACACACAACUUGUGA